AGAUCAUUGUCUAACCUUUUUUCAUACAAAACAAGACAUCACUUGAUCAAACAGAGAAUUCGACAUCUCUAUGAAUUUGACAAUAUUCCUGUUCCUAUGUGAAAAUAGAUUAUGUUGUUCUUAUUUAUUUCUAUCUUGUUCAAGCAACCUUGUGGACACAGAUCAGAAGUAGACAAAGAAAAAGGAUUUCCAAUUAAAAUACACAACACCCUAGUAUUCCCUGUGAUAGCCAUAUUAGUCUUCAUAAAAUAUGUGGUAAUGAGAAAAAUCAAUAUAAACUAUUUAUUGAUAUCCAGCAAAAAAGGAUUUGAAUUCUUUGUUAUAUUCACAGGUCUAUCAAUCUUUUAUUUUAAAAUCGCUUUGACACAUUAUAUUCAUAUACCGAUAUUUAUUUUGUAAGAAAUGGAAUCCCAAAGUUUGAUAAAUCGAAGGGCACCUCAUGAAAGAUGGAAAAAAACAAAAGCAGAAUUCGUUGACAUGACAACACUACAUGGUUUGAGAAGAGCAGGUGACCAAACUGGUCAGAUAUCUACAUUACGAAGAUAUAUUUGGGCAUUUUUUAUAGCAAUUGGACUUGGUGCUAUUAUUGUAAUAACAUUUGAUCAGUUGUUACAAUUUCAGAUAAGAAACUACUGGAGACAUCCAACUACAACCAAAACAACAAUCAUGUAUACACAAGAACCUUUAGCAUUUCCAGCUGUAACAAUAUGCAGUUUGAAUAGAUUUUAUGAUUAUGAUAACAGUGUUACAAAAGAAGAUUUAUUAACAAUAGAUGCAUAUGACAUUGCAGAAUUAUCUUUUUCUCACGAUAUUCCGUUUGGUGCUUUGGCUGAAGAAUUUUUAAAUAAGAUAACCAAAGGGAUGAAUUCGACAGAAAAAAAAACAUUUUUUGAAAAUUUCACCAAUUGUGAUCGUUCGAUUAUAAACAGAAUAGAAAAUGGAAAAGGCAAGCAAAGGCUGAAGGCAUUACUUCACAUCAACUGCACAAAGAAACAUGAAAAACCAGAAGAUAUGAAGAGGAUCUUUAAAAAAUAUGGAUUCAACAUUUCGUUAUCAUUAGUCAGUUGCAAAUUUGGAAAUGGACGAACUAGACAAUGUUCUGCAGAUGAUUUUGAUCCGGUGUACAGCACAAAGUAUGGACUAUGUUGGACAUUUAACCGAGAAAAAAAGAAUUAUGCAAUUUGGCAACAAACUCAUGGUGGUAUUCCAGGAGGAUUAAGAAUGGAAAUCAUAAAUCCACAGAGACUGUUUUUAACAAGAAAAAUACAAACUGCUCCAUUGGGUGCUGGACUGAAGAUCACACUUCAUCAUCCAAAUGAACCAGCCGAUGUUGAUGGAUCUGGAUUUUUUGUUGGACCUGGAUUUCAUUCAUUUGCUGAAGUAGAGUUGACGAGAGAAGAAUAUGUGAAACCACCCUGGGGCCAUUGUGUUCAUGAGAAAGAUAGAGAUUACACAAAAACAGAAGCAGAACAGAGAUGCUAUCAAAAUUUAAGUAAAAAGCACUGCAGAUGCACUCCACCAUCAUAUAUAGUUGACAAAUCCAACAACAUAUGCAAUGGAUCAUCUCUCGCAUUAUGCAUGUAUGAUGUAAAAUGGAUGCCAGACACAAAUAUGAACAUAUCAAACAACAUCAAUACGGAGGUGAUUACAAAAUCUUGGCAAAAAUGUAGUCAACAACCAUCAUGCAAAGCAUCAAAGUAUAAGACAGCAUUAUCAAGUGUGGUAUGGCCUAGUUUGCCUGAUGUUCAUCUGUAUGAGAAAGAACUGAAUAUGACAAAGGAGAUGAUAUCUUCUGAUUUUCAAGUACUUGACAUAUAUUAUCCGGAGAUGAAAUACAUCAAUGUCAAAGAAGUUACACUCAUCUAUUUUACAAAUCUGCUCAGUAAAUUUGGGGGUACAAUGGGACUUUUUCUCGGAGCAAGCAUCUUGACUAUGAUGGAACUUAUCGAGGUGAUGUUGUUAUACUGUCGAAGACAUGUAGAAACAACAACAAAUACUAUUAAAGAAUGGAAGAGUGGGUCGAACUUUGGAUCUACAACAAAUCUGCUCAGAGAUGACGAAAGUAGUAGUGGGAUGGACAGAGAAACAACAACGAAUUAGGAAUUAAUGUUUUGUUAGCGAUCGUUCGGUGAUUUCCUAUUUACAAUGUUGGUGCAAACACAUACUCCAAUGCAGUGAACAGAAUGUGGAAAUAAAUCAAAUUUAGAGCAAGGAUAUAUUAACACUAAGGAAUUAGCUCUGAAAAAAAGUAGUUACCUCAUUUCGAAGUCAUCAUUCGCUAUAGAAGACAAUGUAAUAUUUAUAUAUGUUUUGUGUGACACUUUUAAGUAUUCAUUGUUUUCGCGCAAUCAAUGCUUUUUUAUGUUAGUUUAAAUUAUUGCAAUAGGCAAAGAAAAAAAGUAGAAAUAUAAUUCUCAUUUACAAAUAUUUAUUACUCAUUGUUAUUCAAAGUUAAAGUUAUUUAUAUCAUUCACAUAAAUCUAAUUAAACUCUUUCUUCAUCCAAUAAAUUUUAUAAAUCAAAGGUUUGUUCACUUCAAUGGUAUAGAAUUAAUGAGUAUGUUGACAUAAUGGGUCCGCACACAGCAUUUCCUGACCAGGAAGAAAUUCCUAUUAUUUUGUUUAUGGGGAAGAAAUAUAGAAAUAUUACUUUGUAUUGGUGAAGUGUAAUUACCGUUUUUUUGGUCAUUUCGUAUUAUUGUGAACAAAUUUAAGUAGAUUUUAUAAACUAUUGCCAAGAGUACAAAAGCCAGAGUGCAAGUUGCAUGUGACACUAGCUAAGAAUCUUCCAAAUAUCAAACAAAUAAAGGGAACGAAGUUUUUUUUUAUCCAUAGCUGGGGUGAAAUAAAAAGAGAUUCAAAAUAGGCAAAGAAAGGACUAUAUUGAAAAAGGUUGGAAACCAAUGUUCUAGAACUUGCAUAAGGUUAAAAAGUAACUUGAAAUCAUGAAAAAAUUAAAUUAGUCAGUGUGUAAGAGAUAUGUACCGGUAACUGUGGUAAUGUAAUGUGAACGCAAAACAUAUGAAAUCAAAAUUUCACUUUCUAAUAGUCAUAAUCCAGUAUUAUUGGAUCUGAGUUAAUUUGUGUCGGUAUAAAAUCUAUAGAUUAUUUUUAUAUAGAAAGGUAUUUAAGCGGUUAUUACAUCUUUAUUAUUUUGACUAGUAUAACAGUUAAAAUGUGGAAAUUACAAUCAUCUUCUAGUGGAAAUUAUUAAAAACAUAUUUCUGCAAUACUUUAAGAGUGAAGCAAACCAAUUGAUUGAAAUUCAACUUUUUCUGGUACGGACAAACCCAAAUAAUUACUCUCAUUCAUCAACGCAAGUACAGUUGAGUACAGAAGAUAUAUACAAGAAAAAGGCUUAAAAGUAUGAAAACUUAGUUUCUCACCACUUCAGUAAAAAAUUACAGAAACUUAUUUUCAUUAAGAGGGUUUGGAU